CUGUCGGUGAACUGGGCGUUCGUAUGAUGGUCCUCGGUGGAAGCAGACCGGCGGGUGCUCCGGUCCUCCUGCCGGCUGCCAAUGGCGGGGAGGAGCGGACUUUGCACCGGGGAAGGAGAGCUACCUGAUAGCGGCUAGCUGUUAGCCGCUAUCAGCUAACUGAGUCCUGGUGAUAUGCUUUUAGAGCUAACGAUGCUAACAGAGCUAACGGAGCUGAACACGUUGCAGGACGGAGAAGCCUAGAAACAGUGCUACUCCAGGACGUAGACAGAGCCCUGACUCGGUGAUAAAUGCGUGUGAGAGUGUUCGGGUCAUUGCACUGACCACCAACAAACACCGUACCUGCGCUCAGACGCACACUGAGGUACAGGCGAUGGAUACCUGUGCAGGUGUUUGCUCUGAGAAACCAGUCUGUGGAUGAAUCAGCUGAUGGGUGCACUAGUGACAGGUGAAGGCUCUGGGGUGUCUCAGGAGACCCCGCCUCCCGCACAGGAGACCCUGCCUCCCCGCGUCCUGCUGGUGGAGGCGUUUUACGGCGGCUCGCACAAACAGCUUAUGGACCUGUUGAAGGAAAACAUCGCGGGCUGCUCCGUCUUCACGCUGCCUGCCAAAAAAUGGCACUGGAGGGCAAGAACAGCGGCGCUCUACUUCAGCCAGACCAUCCCCGCCUGCCCGUCAUACAGGCUCCUCUUCAGUAGCUCCGUCCUCAGCUUGUGUGAGCUGGCGGCUCUCAGACCGGAUCUGGCCCGGCUCAAGAAGGUGCUGUACUUCCACGAGAACCAGCUGCUUUAUCCGGUCCGCCGACACCAGGACAGGGACUUCCAGUACGGCUACAACCAGGUGCUCUCAUGCCUGGUGGCAGAUGUCGUGGUCUUCAACUCCCGCUUCAACAUGGACUCCUUCCUGUCAUCCAUCCCCUCCUUCAUGAACAAGAUCCCAGACCAUCGCCCCAAAGACUUGGACCGCCUCAUCAGGCCCAAGUGUGUGGUCCUGCACUUCCCGCUCCAGCUUCCUGAUGUCAGCAGGUUCUUGCCAAAACACAAACUCCUGCGGCGGCCUACUGAGCAGUCUCGUGUUGAUGACAUCAUCAUAUUGCAGGGCGAGCAGCAGCAGAGCAGAGCUCACGAUGAAGAUACGCCACGGUGUGAGCAGCCUGCAGAGGGGGGUGUGGCCAGCCAGGUGAAGCCUUUGCACAUCGUGUGGCCUCACAGGUGGGAGCAUGAUAAAAACCCUGAGCUGUUCUUCAGCACUCUGCUCAGACUGAAGGAGCGAGGACUCGACUUCCACCUGUCCGUGCUCGGAGAGACCUUCACCGACGUGCCCGAGAUCUUCUCCUCCUCCAGACUCCUCCUGGACUCCCACAUCUUGAACUGGGGUUUCCUCCCCUCUAAGGAGGACUACCUGAGGGUUCUGUGUGAGGCUGAUGUUGUUGUCUCCACUGCCAAUCACGAGUUCUUCGGCGUCGCCAUGUUGGAGGCAGUGCACUGCGGCUGCUUCCCUCUGUGUCCGAAAGCGCUCGUUUACCCCGAGAUAUUUCCAGCACAGUACCUGUACUCCACACCUGAGCAGCUCUGUAAGCGGCUGCAGGGACUCUGCAGGAAGCCCGACGUUGCCCGUAGACACAUCGUCAAGGUGGACACCUCAGCCUACUCCUGGGCCGCCCUGAAGCCGCGUUUCCAGGAUUUGUUGUCAGCCCCGUGUCCCUGAACACACCGCUGCCGCCAUCGCAUCUGACCUGUGGCGCCGCUGAGCUCAGAAUCAGAGCCAACUCUGAGCCCACGAGUCUGGACUCGUUCUGGUCUCCUCAGACUAGGUUCUUGGAGGAGUUCUGUGCUGGACCCACAAAGAGGCCCAUUCUUCCUCCAUAGGACUGAUCAGACUGGACCAGGUCCUGGUCUUGAUCCUGGUUUAACUCUGGGUCCUAGUCCUGAUCCUGGACCUGGUCCAGGAUUCUGAAGUUUGUUUGUGGUUCUGCUGAAGAUGCUGUAAAACUUUUCUGAUAUAUUUUAAAUGGACUCGUUUGUUAUUGAUAAACAUGACAUAAAAUCAGA